AUGUCUUGGGGAUUUUCUGAAAAGAAUGACACCCCAGGGGUAACCUCGACCCCGAUCAAAUCUAGUGACAUCUCAAUAGCGGAAUCGCCGGGCCAAGGACGACAGAAUGUACACUACGUCAGCCGAACUGAAGAUAACUCGCUUCCUGAGUACGAAGGAGACGAUAUCCCAGGUUACGAUGCCACUCUUAUGCGAGCGCGAGCAAGUCUUAGCAGCGCAGAAGAAAAGAAGUUACUACGGCGAAUAGAUUGGCACCUAAUCCCACUCUUAGCGAUCAUGUAUAUGCUCAAGAGUGUCGAUUUCACCAAUGUGUCCUGGGGAGUAGUACUCUGCUGUCAUGCCGCUGUGACCAACCGACAAGGUCUGUAUGCAGUUCGCUUUUUCCUUGGUCUCUUCGAGGCCGGCCUGUGGCCCGGCAUGCUUGUCCAGCUAUGCUACUGGUAUAGACCAGAUGAGAUUGCCCCUCGGAUUGUCCUCGUCACACUUCUCGUUCCCUCUACCGCCUCUUGGCUGUCUGAGAGAGAACGGACUUUUGUUGAAGCGCGCCUCCCCAGUAACGCCCCGAGAGCAGCUGAAGCGAAUUUCAACUUGCGCGAACUCAUCACCACAUUAAAAAACAAACGGAUCUGGCUUUUCCUCCUUUGUUGGGCUUUCUUCACUGUCGGUACUACAGGACUUACAUUUUACCAACCAACCGUGAUCGCAAACCUUGGAUUUACCUCUAUGGGCGAAACACAACUGUUAAACAUCCCUUCGGCGGUUUUCGCAGUGAUUCUGACCGUUGUCUUUGGAAUCUUAGCCGACACGGGAAGAAUUCCCCAGCCCGCGAUUCCCCUCGCUUUCAUGAUUGUCAUCGAGGCAUGUUAUGGCGUGCUCUAUGCUUUCCCGAAUACCGGCGGCGUGUACGCGGCCACCAUUCUAGCCGGAGGAUUCUCAACCGCAUGGUACGUGAUGAUGUGGCCCUGGCGUGUGCAGACUACGGAGGGUGCCACGGGCUCUGCCUUCGCUAUCGCGUUUGCAAAUAGCUACGGUCAAAUUGGAGGGGCCGUGGGGUCUCAACUGUUUAAUUCUCGGUAUGCGCCGCGAUAUACGACUUCCUUUGGGAUUGCAAUGGGUUUCGUAGGGAUGGCUAUCAUUAUGAACCUUAUAACUUGGGGCUUUACGUGGAAGGUCGAUGUUGAUACCAGGAAACUCAAGAGAAUCCGGUUGGCGGCUGCAAAACAGAAUCAGGCGGUGUUGAAUGAUGUGGACAUUCAUGCUGGGGAAAAGCAAUUCAAUAUCUACGCAUAUGUUGGGCAGAACAGACACCCGGACGUGUUGGUGACCAGCCACAUCGACACAGUCCCGCCCUUCAUCCCUUACUCACUUCAUGCACCAACCUCAGACACGGGGUCCUUCAAUCGCACGGACCUCGUAAUUGCUGGCCGUGGGACGGUGGAUGCCAAAGCGAGCGUUGCGGCGAUCGUGUUUGCCGCUCUGGAAACACUCGCUGAGAAUCCCCACGCCUCCAUCGGGUUGUUGUUUGACGUCGGCGAAGAAAAGAGUGGCGUGGGGAUGAAACACUUCUCCAAUUCUGAGCUCAACCCGAUACCUCCGACAUAUCAGACGGUCAUAUUCGGAGAGCCAACAGAGCUCAACCUGGUUGCGGCACAUAAAGGAACCCUAGGAUUCAAGCUGGUCGCUGAAGGCAAAGCCGCUCACUCUGGAUACCCCUGGUUAGGUCAAAGUGCCAUCUCAUCGCUCAUACCGGUUCUUGCUCACCUUGAGAGCCUACAAGAUCUUCCACCCGAGAAAGGUGGUCUCCUUCGCAGUGAAACGUUGGGAAAAUCAACCUUGAAUAUUGGUCUACUGCAGGGCGGAAUUGCCGCCAACGUUGUCGCAGCGCAUGCUGAAGCAGCAAUUACUGUUCGCCUUGCAGCGGGAGCCCCAGAGGACACCAGGCUUAUUGUCGAGGCAGCGGUGGCGAAUGUGACUAACGGCGAUGAGAGCGUUUAUCUUGAUUUUGGGAAUCGCACAUUAGGCGCUCCACCGCAGUACUUCGAUGUCGAUGUGGACGGCUUUGAGGUUAUCACAGUUAAUUACGGGACCGAUGCCCCUGCAUUGAAGAUUCAUGACCAGGAGGCUCAAAGGGUUAGGAGGUAUUUGUAUGGCCCUGGAAGCAUCCUUGUUGCUCAUGCUGAUGACGAGGCCAUCACGGUCGGGGAACUGGAAGAGGCUGUACGCGGAUACAAAAGACUCAUCUCUGCUUCUCUAUAG